GGUAAAACGCUGGUUUGGAAUCGGGCGGGAUGGGACGCUGGCGGGGGCACCAAGCCCUUGCCUCAAGCCCAAGGCCUACAGCUGCCUAGCGUCACUUGUCCAUGCUUCUAUAGAGCACAUAAUCUCUUUGCCUGCUUUCGCGACCUGCUGGCUGGGCCAUCCUAGGCUUAGGAGAAGAUCGCAACAGCAAACAAGGAUGCGCGCCGCGCGCGUGCUGCCGCUGCUGCUCCUGGCGGUGGCGGCCUCCCGCUGCUUCGCCCAGUAUGAGUAUGACUAUGGCUACGGCUAUGGCUACGACUUUUAUGAUACCGAGGAUGAUUUCUAUUAUGACGAGUAUGGGUACUAUGGCGACGAGGACGAGGCGUACUAUGAGUACUAUGGCUACUACGCCGACGAUUUUGCGGGCUAUGAGGACUAUUACAUGGAGGAGUAUGACUUCUUUGAGGAGUGCUUCUUUGACACCAACGGCAAGCCCGUGCUCGCGAACGGCACCGCCUCCUGCGACAUUAAGAUUAAGGGCGUGGACAAGCAGGCAGACCGGCUGCAGGGCGGGCUCGACGGCGUUUACCAGCUGACCAGCUGCUACAAUGGCAAGCCUAUGUACAAGCGCAAGAACAGCCCUGCCGGCGACGACCGCGUCCUUUGGUACUCCAGCACUUUCGGUGAUUGGGACGUCUCCAAGGGUGCCGAGCCCAACGAGGCGGAGAUCCUCAUGUAUGGUGGCGAAAUGGAGCACGCCUCUGUCCCGCUCUUCGUUGGCAGCUGGCACCUGGGCGGCGAUCUUCGCUCCGACACCUCACUGGGCGAGGACGACUACCUGCCCAUCAGCGUGGCUGUCUCAUGCGCGGACGGCACCGUUUACAAGGAGGACGACGUGACCUCCUACAAGCAGUUCAGCGGCCCCGUGCUCACUGACGAGGAGAUUGAGGCCAAGUACCAGUACAUCUAUGAGAAGUACAGCCGUGCCGACCCCAGCCCAACCAUCAACUUCACCUUCGUCGUGCUGCUGGUCAUGACCGGCCUCACAAUUGUGCUGGCCAUUCCUUACUUCUUGCUGCGGAAGAAGGGCGCAAAGGGCGGCUCGAUAUCUAUGAGCUUCGCACAGAUGCUGAGCCAGAGCAAGAAGAAGAGUACGGGGCACAUCAACUAGGCUGCCGCCGUCCUAGCUUUGCUGAGGGCUCUGUAUCUAGCAUCAUGUGUGGAUGGCCAUUGCUCAUCUGUAGGGUAGGUUAGACGUAGAUAAUGAACACGUGGGCCUGCCAUGUUCGUAGGGGGCGCAGCAGGUGCAGGAUAGGGGGUGGGGUGCAGACACUCGAAAUUACGACUUGCAAGCGGGGUUCUGGUUGGCUGACUGUGGGGCCCACAACCCCAGGCUGCUGCUUUGGUUAUGAGAGUUGCUGGCCAACUGCAGUAUUUGUGGAUGUCUGGGACACAAAACUGCCUGUGCAUAUGACUGGUGUGCUGUGAAAUGGCGUGCCUACGACGUCAGCCAUGUGCGCCACUGCUGUAAUGUAACAGCAUUAUGUU